AUGGUUGAAAUGCUGCAAGAUAUGGGCGCCAGCCUUGUGUGCUUACUGCUGGCAAUGGCGCUGUUGCCGUUUGCCAAGGGCUACAUUCUUAUCCAAAUUGGAGUAGCAGCGCUGGGAUCGAUGCUUAUUGCCUACGUGUUGCUCAGCUUAGCAGCUCUGGCAGGAGUUCUCAAUUGCCGUGGCGAAGAAGAGAUUGAGCUCGAUUUGGAGCACAGCUUUUUCAUCGGAGAGGAGGAGCACAGGAUCACUGGUGUUCUUCCCGCUCGCCACGGGACAGAAAGGCCAUUCUUGGAAAUGCUUGAUUGUUCCAUCCAGCUCUCCAUCGCCGCGGGAUCAAGAAGAAUCAUUGGUGACGAGCGCUGCGCUAUAUGCCUAGGUGAAUUGCAAGAGGAGGGUGAUCCUGCUCAUCGAAUGGUGGGCGAGCGGAUGUUUCUCAAAUGCUCGCACAGCUUCCACUCGCCGUGCAUCCAAAAGUGGCUCUCGCUGAGCACCUCUUGUCCAAUUUGCAGAGCAAGAGUGUAG